AUGGCCGACGUGGAAAUGGAAGUUGACAACCCCCCCUCCCCCUCUGCCGCCGCCGUUGGAGGCGAGGCCGCCCCCGCCCGCAACGAGUCUGAGAUGCAGACACACGGCCGCGCCACUGCCGUCCGCUCCAUUGAGGGCUGGAUUAUCAUGGUCACCAACGUCCAUGAGGAGGCUGACGAGGAAGCCAUCCAUGACAUGUUUGGCGAGUUCGGUGAGAUCAAGAACUUGCACCUCAACCUCGACCGGAGGAGUGGUUACGUAAAGGGCUACGCACUUAUCGAGUACGCCACCCUUGCCGAGGCCCGCGCCGCCAUCGACUCGGCCCAUGAGACCAAGCUUCUCGACCAGACCGUUUACGUCGACUUCGCCUUCGUCCGCCCCCCGCCCGGCAGCAAGGGCGGCAGCGGCGGCGGCGGCGGCAACCGCGGCGGAGCCGGUGCGAGACCCCAGAACCGCGGCCGCGGCCGGAGUCGCAGCCGCAGCCGCAGCCGCAGUGUCGACAGGGAGGCGGCGGCGGCCGCCGCCGUCGCCAAGGACAGCGGCGACAUUGAAUGA